UCUCAUUAUCGCAUUUAAAAAAAGUCCAAAAUUUGAUUUAAAACCAUAUACUUAGCAGUUGGCCUGCUGCUUGGCUGGUUAGGGCAAUUAAUAGUCGUGCGUUUAAGGAUUAAAUGUAUAUUCUAUACUUUCACCGGUAUUUAUUAUUAAUUUAGUAUUUACUUUUUUCUGUUUAAUUUACUAAUAAAUUUAAUUUACUUUUAUGUUUUUAUGUUAAAAUAUGAUUUUGUAAAUUUUACUUGAACCUAUAUGAUUUGGAACAAAAUGAGCAAAAGAAAAGCUCCCAGCGAUUCCACAAAUCCAAAUCACGAUUUUUGUGAAUUUUUGAUUGAAUUGGCUGAUUAUGAGAAAAAUGUUGCACGUAAUAUAUAUAAGAGCAAUGCUUACCGAAAAGCAGCGAGUGCAUUAGCUAAGCACGGAAAACGUAUUAAGUCUGGCGAGGAAGCACAAAAACUAGAUGGAAUUGGUGACAAAAUAUCCAAGAAAAUUGAUGAGUUUUUAGAAACGGGAAAACUGAAAAAACUAGAUAAUAUAAGAAAUGAUGACGCUUCAGUUUCUAUUAAAGAGUUAACAAGAGUUAGUGGUAUUGGACCAGCUAAAGCAAAAGAAUUAUAUGAUUCAGGUGUUACAAAUAUUGACAUUCUAUUAAAAAAUCAAGAUAAAUUAAAUCAUCAUCAAAUUUUAGGACUAAAGUACUUAAAUGACUUUGAGGAAAAAAUACCAAGAAAUGAAGUUAUUGAAGUAGAACAAAUUAUCAAGAAAACAUUACAUAAUUUGGAUCCUAAAUACAAGGUUACUAUUUGUGGCAGUUAUAGACGAGGUAAAGAGUUUAGUGGGGAUAUUGAUACAUUGAUUUCUCAUCCAUCGUUUAUGUCUCAUGGUCUUAAGAAAAAAAGUGACAAAUUGCAAGUAGUUGUGGAUAUUCUGAAAAAAAAUAACCUCAUCACUGAAACUAUAUCGUUGGGGGAAGCAAAGUUCAUGGGUGUAUGCAAAGUGAAUCGUAUAUCAAGGAGAUUAGACAUUCGCCUAAAUCCAUAUGAUCAGUUUUAUUGUGCUGUUCUUUAUUUUACUGGGAGUGAUUUAUUUAAUAAGCAAAUGAGAGAGCAUGCUAUAAACCAAGGUUUUACACUUAAUGAAUAUACUUUGCGGCCAAUGGGUUCUACAGGUAUACCAGGUGAACCUGUGGAGAUAACCAGUGAAAAAGAUAUUUUUGAUUAUAUAGAUUAUCCUUACAAAAAGCCAGAAGAGCGCAAUAUAUAAUUUUAUAUACUUAAUAUAAUAUUAUUCUAUUUAUCUAACUUUGAUAAAUAUUGUUUAUUUAAUUUUUUUGUAUGUAUAUAAUGUAUAGGUAUUAUUUUACUAAGUUAUAACAUUUAUGUUUGAAUUAUUCAUGUUAUUCCUAAUAAAAAUAUGCGAAAUGAAAUCAAGUUAGGUACAUACGAGUUCUUUGAAAAAUAAAUCACAUUAAAUAG